AUGAUCAAGUACGCUGUAGUGGCAUUUGCCUUUUUCGCUGCUUCCGAUGCAUUCGGCUUCGGUUUGCUCGGAGGAGGUGGUGGUGGAAGCAGUUGCUGCCCCGCUCCCGCUCCUGCUCCUUGCUGCCCUCCACCUGCUCCACCACCAGCUCCAUGCUGCCCUCCACCUCCAUCACCUUGCAAUGGAGGA